AUGCGGUCCAGAAGUCUUCAAUUGAACAGGACAAGCUGCAAUUCGUUGUUGAAAGCCUGGACAUUUUCGCCCAGUUGCUUUCCACCACCCUCUCAUCCUGCAUGGGCCAUUGCAAUGUCGCAGCUGAUGAGCCUUGCGCAGAUGAAGAUUCGUGGUGAUGGCUACACACUGACGACCAUCGGGGCAGCUUGCGCGAGCACAGUGCCAGGCAAUCAACAAUGGCAGCAUGCUGGCUUGUUGCAUGGACUUAACAAGCGUCAAGCCAACAGCUUCUCCCACAACAGCCUUUUGUCUACCUGUGAGAAAGCCAAUUGCUGGGAGCUUGUCAUGGACAUGGUGAGGGACCCAUCCCUGCCAUCUCCAACGACGAUCAGCUUCAACACUGCUUUAGUUGCGAGUGGUUCAGCGGACGGGAACUGGCAGCAUUCUCUGUGCAUGCUUUCGUCAAUGGCUGCAGUUCAAUUACGCAGAAGCAUUGUCAGCCACAAUGCUCUCGGCACUGCACUGCAACGUGUGCUCCGCUGGCCACAAGUGCUAGUCUUCAUGGAUCUGAGCCGUGCAGCUGCUUUGGUGCCUGAUGGAGUGAGCAUUCUGACUUUGGUGAGCUCCCGUGCAUCGGACUGGAAGAUGGCUGCUUUGUUUCUGGAAGACAAAGCUUCAGCGGAACCAUUCAAGAUCAACGUUCUCAACGCCAUGGUCGAUGCUCUUCGCGAGGCAUUGCAGUGGAGAUUUGGGUUGAGCUUGCUCUGUGUCAUGGCUGAGGUUCGGGCUCUGCAGGAUCGGGUGACGUCUAACACGCUGAUGACUGUGCUCGGCGAGGUGGCCUGCUGGCAGCUGUCCUUGAGCUACUUUUCUAGCGACGUCCAUCCAGCGGAUAGCUUCAGCACAACUGCCAUGGCUACCGGGUUCGCAGCAGCACGUAGAUGGCAAGGUGGGUUGGACAUGGUGUCCAAGCUUGGGCAGCUGAGAACCUCCUUGAGCGAGUCAGGCAUGACUGCUGCCAUUACCGCGUGCUUGCGGCACUGGCGCCGUGGACUAGGACUCUUGAGCAAGCCGAAUGCUGUCAACUACAACGCGGCCUUGGCCUGUACUGCCACCUCCUCUGACUGGCACGCCGCUACGCACAGAUUUGAGGUCAUGCAGCUUCUUCGACUGGUCGCAGACAUCCUUUCGCACACCGCGGUCCUGGACUCUUGUGUGCAACCGUCUUUGUGGCGCUCGUCACUUUUGCAAAGGGAACAUCUCCAAAUGAGCAGGAUGAAACUCGAUCGGCUCAGCCUCAGCGCUUGCGUGUCUGCGUGCGAAUUGGCAUCCCAGCAAGCUUGA